UCUCGUUUUCUGUUGAUAGAUGAUGAUGUACCUGCAGAUAUGGUUGCAGAAGAAUCAGGUCCUGGUGCACAAAACAGUCCAUACCAACUUCGCAGAAAAACUCUUCUACCUAAAAGAACAGCUUGCCCUACAAAGAGCAGUAUGGAGGGUGCCUCCACUUCAGCUACUGAAAACUUUGGUCACCGAGCUAAACGUGCUAGAGUAUCUGGAAAAUCCCAGGAUUUAUCAGCAGCACCUGCAGAACAAUACCUUCAGGAGAAGUUGCCAGAUGAAGUGGUUCUAAAGAUCUUCUCCUACCUGCUGGAGCAGGAUCUCUGUAGAGCAGCUUGUGUGUGUAAACGCUUCAGUGAGCUGGCUAAUGAUCCAAUUUUGUGGAAAAGAUUGUAUAUGGAAGUAUUUGAGUAUACUCGUCCAAUGAUGCAUCCUGAACCUGGUAAAUUUUAUCAGAUUAAUCCAGAAGAAUAUGAACAUCCAAAUCCCUGGAAGGAAAGCUUUCAGCAACUGUACAAAGGAGCACACGUAAAGCCAGGGUUUGCUGAACACUUCUACAGUAAUCCUGCAAGAUAUAAAGGAAGAGAAAAUAUGUUGUAUUAUGACACCAUUGAGGAUGCUCUUGGUGGAGUUCAAGAAGCUCACUUUGAUGGACUUAUCUUUGUUCACUCUGGUAUAUAUACUGAUGAAUGGAUAUAUAUAGAAUCUCCAAUCACCAUGAUCGGUGCAGCUCCUGGAAAAGUAGCAGAUAAAGUUAUAAUAGAAAACACUAGAGAUUCCACCUUCGUUUUUAUGGAGGGUUCUGAAGAUGCCUAUGUUGGAUAUAUGACAAUCAGGUUCAACCCUGAUGACAAAUCUGCUCAGCACCACAACGCACACCACUGCUUAGAGAUUACCGUGAACUGCAGCCCAAUUAUAGAUCACUGUAUUAUUCGAAGUACUUGUACGGUUGGCUCUGCAGUAUGUGUUAGUGGCCAGGGAGCUUGUCCUACUAUUAAACACUGUAACAUCAGCGACUGUGAAAACGUUGGACUUUACAUUACAGACCAUGCACAGGGAAUAUACGAGGACAAUGAGAUCUCCAAUAAUGCAUUAGCAGGGAUUUGGGUUAAAAACCAUGGAAAUCCCAUUAUCAGACGGAACCACAUUCACCACGGACGUGAUGUUGGCGUUUUCACUUUUGACCAUGGCAUGGGUUAUUUUGAAAGCUGCAACAUACACAGGAACAGGAUAGCAGGUUUUGAAGUGAAAGCCUAUGCCAAUCCGACGGUGGUUCGGUGCGAAAUCCACCACGGCCAGACCGGAGGGAUCUACGUGCAUGAAAAAGGAAGAGGACAAUUCAUAGAGAACAAAAUCUAUGCAAACAAUUUUGCAGGCGUUUGGAUUACCUCAAACAGCGACCCAACAAUAAGGGGCAAUGCAAUUUUUAAUGGGAAUCAAGGUGGUGUUUAUAUCUUUGGUGAUGGACGAGGCCUUAUUGAAGGAAAUGACAUUUACGGUAACGCGUUAGCAGGAAUACAGAUCCGAACAAACAGCUGUCCCAUCGUUCGACACAACAAGAUACACGAUGGUCAACAUGGAGGGAUUUAUGUACAUGAAAAAGGACAAGGCGUGAUCGAAGAAAAUGAAGUUUACAGCAAUACUUUGGCUGGAGUCUGGGUGACAACGGGCAGCACCCCAGUCCUGAGGAGGAACAGGAUACACAGUGGGAAACAAGUCGGAGUUUACUUUUAUGACAAUGGACAUGGCGUGUUAGAAGACAAUGACAUCUAUAACCACAUGUACUCAGGGGUUCAGAUAAGAACUGGAAGCAACCCCAAAAUUAGACGCAACAAGAUCUGGGGCGGUCAGAACGGUGGAAUUCUUGUCUAUAAUUCUGGCCUUGGAUUUAUAGAAGACAAUGAAAUUUUUGAUAAUGCCAUGGCUGGCGUGUGGAUUAAAACAGACAGUAAUCCUACACUAAGAAGAAAUAAAAUCCAUGAUGGAAGAGAUGGAGGCAUCUGCAUAUUUAAUGGGGGAAGAGGUCUUCUGGAGGAGAACGACAUCUUCAGGAACGCUCAAGCCGGUGUCCUCAUCAGCACCAACAGCCACCCUGUGCUAAGGAAAAAUCGAAUAUUCGAUGGAUUUGCUGCAGGUAUCGAGAUAACAAAUCACGCCACGGCGACGUUGGAAGGCAAUCAGAUCUUCAACAACCGCUUCGGGGGUUUAUUUCUAGCAUCCGGGGUCAACGUCACGAUGAAAGAUAACAAAAUAAUGAACAAUCAAGAUGCCAUAGAGAAAGCUGUCAGCAGAGGCCAGUGUUUAUACAAGAUCUCAAGCUACACCAGCUACCCCAUGCAUGACUUCUACAGAUGUCACACCUGCAACACCACGGACCGUAACGCCAUCUGUGUGAACUGCAUCAAGAAGUGCCAUCAAGGACACGACGUAGAGUUCAUUAGACACGAUAGGUUUUUCUGUGACUGCGGUGCUGGGACGCUGUCGAACCCCUGUACGCUCGCCGGAGAGCCUACGCACGAUACAGAUACACUAUAUGACUCUGCUCCACCUAUAGAAUCUAAUACAUUGCAGCACAACUGAAUUCCUUUCAGAAAGAAAGUCCUGCCAUUCUAAUCUCCUAACUGUUCAAACCUUUUCUUUUUUUGGAGGAAGUUUUACUUGCCCAUUUCUGCAGAAAGAGACUGUGUUAAAGCGGAUGAUGUGUGAGGUGGUGACACUAUGGAGCUCAACCUACCAAAAAAGAAAGUGGCAAUAUGUUGACUCAGGAUACCAGAACUGGGCGUUUUAGCAUUACUGUGUAAAAACAAACAAAACAAAAAAACCAACCAACAAAAUAAACCAACCAAUAAAAACAAAGACUUUGAAGGGACAGAAGUGAAGAAAAAAAAAAAACACAAAAAAACCAACAAAACGAAACAAAAUAAGCUGCAAUUUUGUACAGAUACCAACUUCUGAGAGCUGGUGUUUUUACAAGUAGCAUUGAGCCGCAGUCCGAUUUGCAGUAGUUACUAUUCUGUAGACAAGCAGCAUUCUUUGUUGCUGCCUUUAUGGACAUGGGUACCAAUUGCUUUUUGUAACAUGGUUAAAAAGAAAAAAAGAAAAAAAAAAACCACAAAAAAAAACCCACAAAAAAAAAAAAAACGUGAGCUAGCACUUCUGCAUUUCUUUUUUUGAUUUUUUAACAUUUAUUCAGAUUGAGAAAUAUGAUUUUAAUGCUUUAAUCUCAUGUAGUUUGUUUCUAAUUUCAAGCAAAAAAAAAAAAACCCAACUCUUAUUGUACUUGAAUGUGUCCUGUUUUGUUAGCACACCUAGACUUGCUGUAACUGUACUCAUGUCCCAGUAUGUACGUUCUUUCUAUGAAAGAGAAAACACUAAUCUUAAAUUAUAUCCAGCAAUUUUUCUGGUGUCCUCUGAAGUUAGAAUAAUCUCCUUCCCCUGCCCCAGCAAUAGUCUGUACUCAAACCACCCUAACAAAAACGACAGAAACAAACAAAAGCGAGUGUUUUAAUGAGACUUCCUAGACUAUAAUGCACUAUAAAACAAAGUACCCAUAUGUAACUAAAGUUUUGUGAAUGAAAUUUUACUAUGUUUUAAAGUACACGGUAGAAAGUCUCCUCAAAACAGUCUUGUACUUUUACUCUGUUCAUAGUUUUUUUUGAACAGUCUGGACAUUUACUUAACGUAACCUGCUGGAAAUCACAGCAAUUUCCUGCUCUAAUGAAGCUGAGACAAGUAUAUAUACAGCCCUAUACAGUUUCAUAGCUUUUUUCCAUUUAUGUGUAUUGGUGACAGUGGGUAAUCAACAGCCUGAAAGUGUAUGCAUGUACCAUAACAUCUAGACUUAAUAUAUUGUGGAGUACUCAAUAACCAUUAUGUAGAGGGUAGGUUAAGAAUUAAAGGGUUUAAUUUCCUAGGAAAGACAAUGGAAAAAUGGUCAUUUUUAAAAAAUAAAGUUUAUUAGAUCAUAA